AUGUCUCUUGUUGAAUAUGAGGUUGUUGGAAGGGAGAAGAACGUCGGAUUGAUCAGGUUGAAUCGCCCUAAAGCACUAAAUGCCUUGAGCAAGGGACUUCUUCGAGCGAUCUCUGAUAAGAUCAGGGAGAUCGAAGCCGAUGAGAAGAUUAAUGUCACCGUCAUUACUGGGAAUGGAACUGCUUUCAGUGCUGGCGCUGAUUUGAAAGAAGCUGUCAAGAUUGGAAUGGAGGAAGUUUUGGGAGAAGACCAGCCUGAUAUAAGGACGAUUUAUUCUGCUAGGAAACCUGUUAUUGCCGCUGUCAAUGGAGUUGCUUAUGGUGGAGGAUGCGAGUUGGCCAUGAUGUGCGAUAUUAUUUUAGUAAGUUAUUAGUUUUACUGCAAUCAGAAAGUUUCGACUUUUAAACUUUUAAAAGUAAAGUAUCAGUCUGUCGUGAAAAUAAUGGCGAGCCCUUACUACUUGGAAUCGCCCAUCAUCGCUUUGGGCAGCUAGUCGCAGCUGGAAAUUUUGUGCGCGACUGCACCCUUUUUUUUUGACUUGGUGAAACAUUUCCUACUGACUGAUAGCAUUUCUUUUAUUCCCUACUGACUGCUAGCAUUUCUUUUCAGGCCAGUGAGAAAGCCCGAUUUGGUCAGCCCGAGGUCCUUGUUGGCACAGUUCCCGGCUGGGGAGGUACCCAACGUCUGACCCGCGCAGUCGGCAAGUCCUUGGCCAUGCAGUUGGUUUUAAGUGGCCAAUCCAUCGAUGCCAAUGAAGCCAAAGCAGCUGCAUUAGUUUCGAAAGUGCUUCCACAUGACCGAUUACUGCCAGAGGCUAUUAAAUUGGCUGAAGUGAUAGCCGCUCAAUCUCCCAAAGUUGUCAAAAUCAUCAAAGAAUCGACGAACAAGGCUUUUGAGUUGUCGUUGGAGGAGGGAUUACACUUUGAGCGCCGGAUGAAUCAGGCGGGAAUGGGGCUGGUAAGGAGGGGAUUAGCCGGGUAUUCAGCUUCCCAGGUGGUCCGUCGCCACUCCUUCUUGCCUUCAGCAUCCGUUUUACGAGCAGUUUUGUACUUAGACGUGCUCGGUUUGUAGGACAAGACUUGUUUUUUAAUCGAGUUCCUUAUCUUCUUUAUUUUAGAAAGAUCGAGUUGAGGGGAUGCUGGCAUUUGUGGAGAAACGACGGCCCAAAUGGAUUAAGUCCAAGAUCUGA